GAAUUAGAUUCCAAAGUCAUUGACAAGUGAAUUCAACCUUUUAUUCUAACAAGAAAAUCGGCGUUUUAUUUUAAGGAAAUAUUAUAACGAUGGGCAGGAAUAUUGAUCAUAUAUUAACGAUUGCCUCGAUCAUAACCAACUGCCGCGUGGAAGACGUCCCCGACUGCUUCCGUACGCGUUUAUACAACGGCGAGGACUUGUAUGAAAUAGAAGUGACCAAAUUUCCCCCCGGGAAGAGUGAAGGGUAUGUAGUUGUUUCCACCAAAUUGCAAAACAGACGCUUAGAAAACCAGACCAGAUGGGACAAGGGUAGGCCGCCAGGAGGAGAAAUAGCCACGGCAAGGAACACAAACGAGAAGGGUGCUAAAAGAGGAGAAAGCCCAACAAGUCCCUCGCUCUCUAAGGCCCUGUGUGAACCAAGCACCUGUAUCUCUUGUGGUACCCCUUUGGUUCCUGAUACCGGAAACCGACGAUUGCCAACAGCGAAAGAUCUGUACGGAGCGAGCAGUCCUGCAAAGAACCCAGGCCCCACGACCGGGAGUUUCUCAAAAGGUGCUAUAGGAGGAGACAGCACACCGAGUCCCUCGCUCUCUAAGGCCCCGUGUGAGCCAAGCACCUCCAGCUCUUGUGGUACCCCUGUGGUUUCUGGUACCGGAAAUCGACGUUUGCCAACAGCGAAAAGACUGUACGGAGCACGCAGCCCUGCAAAGGACUCAGCCCCCCCGGCCGAGCGUUCUUUAAAGGGUGCUAAAGGAGGAGACGGCACACCGAGUCCCUCGCUCUCUACAGCCCCGUGUGAGCCAAGCACCUCCAGCUCUUGUGGUACCCCUGUGGUUCCUGGUACCGGAAAUCGACGAUUGCAAACAGCGAAAGAUCUGUACGGAGCACGAAGCCCUGCAAAGGACCCAGGCCCCGCGGCUGGGAGUUCCUCAAAGCCUGUCGAUGGCAAAGGUUCCUCGAAGAAACCCAAGAACAACUUGUUUCUUUCGUUUAGCAUCUUCGGUAAACGUCUCGAGUUCCGGUGGAAAAAGCCCUGGAAACGACAUGCAAAGAUCUAUGACGUCACCUCCGGUAAUUGUCAGCAGAGCGAAAACGCAAAAGCUGGCGAGGGCGGGGCUAAGAUGAAUGACAGGUCAGGAAAAGAUUCAGAAGGGGCGCAAGAAGCCGUAGUAACACAGCAGAAAGGAACGGAUGAAGGCAAAAGGGCUGGCGUAAACCCGUCAGGAGGUGAGAGUUCAGCACAUAAGAGCGAGAAGAAAAAGAAAACACCAAAGAAGAACAAGAAUCAACUCGAUAGUGAAAAUUCCAACACCGGAAAUGUCGAAAAUGAAAAGAAAGGCACGAAGGACAAGACAAAGAAAAAGAGCAAGAACAACAGCAAAAACAUAGAAGAGGAAGAUGGCAGAGAGAAGCCAAAGGAAACAAGGAUUGAAAAGACGGACGUGACUAUUGAUAACAACAAGAAAAGGAAAGGAGAGAGGCGUCAAGGUGCUGUCGCCCCACCCCUUCCACCUCUCCCAACCCAAGGUGCCGUCACCACGCCUCUUCCGCCUCUCCCAUCCAGGAGUACCAUCGGACCUCUACCACCAAUCACUUCCAGUGCCUCCAAGAGAAUUCUGCCGCCGCUCCCGUCAAAAGAUCUUAAAAGAUCUCUUCCGCCCCUUCCACCCAAAGAUUUCAGCAGACCUUUGCCGCCACUUAACUCCGGCGAUGCAAUCAAACCUCUUCCGCCCUUGUCCUCAAAAGCUGCGACUAAAACAUUGCCCCAACCGCCCGGUAAAGACGAUCUAAGAGCAGGAGUAAAGGAGAUGGAAAAUAGUAGUGAGAUUAACCGUGUCGGGCCAGCCGUGGAGCAAAACACGUGCAGAGGAAUUCUUGAGCAGAAACGAGGCUCGACCCAGGCCCACGAUACCUCUCCCAAGUCUUUUCACCAGUCCCCUAGGCCUCGACGAAACACUAUUGCUGAAGAGGAGGAUCCAUUUAAAGAAAAAGUGCGGAAAAAGUGGAAAGUCAAAAGGCGACAAACGGUUUCUAUCAUGCCUGUGUCUGCAGAGCCGAGCGUUGCUGGAAGGGCCUGGGAGUAACUUCUGGUCAAUGUUAGGCUAUCCGUAUAAUCUUUGUAAAUAGCCGCGCGGGAGAAAUUUCACGGACUUUAAGCUGUAUUCGUAUGGACUUGUAAAUGACUUGAUUCAACACCAGCUGCAAAAGCAUAUAUGAGGAAGAUGGCGAAGGGAAGCAUACGCAAACAAGGAUGAUGGGGAAGACGGACAUUACUAUCAAUACGAGCGACAAGAAUAAGAGAGGCGUCAAGAGCUGUCGCCCGACCCCUUGCGCCUCUCCCACCCAAAGGUGAGGUCACCACGCCUCUCCCAUCCAAGAAUACCACAGGACAUCUACCUCUACUACUUUCGGUGCUUCCAACAACAACAAAAAAAAAAACUGCAGCCCCUCCCGUCAAAGGCUCUAUUUGUAUGAUCUUUAUAAAUGGCUUUAAUUGACUUGACAUUGUCUGCUGUUGAUUAUUAUAUUAAACUUUUAUUCACCUUA